CCACAAAAAUCCAUCAUUCUUCUUCUCAUCUCAUAUCAGAAGAAGAAGAAGAAGAAGAAGAAGAAGAAGAAGAGGAAGAAAUUGGAGAUAUUCUUCUUCAUCUUCUUCCCAUGGGUGGCCAAGUCUCCAAACAGGUACAGCGUCGAAAGGCUCUCUCCACAGAGAAGAAGCUUCUCACUGGUCUGAAGAAUAACUCAGGCAAUGAAUUCCCUGGUUCAGACUAUCGUUCUCCAGAUAGGAAGAAUUGGAUGCAAGGCCUCGACCCUCAAAGACUUCACAUAAACCAGAUCGUUUGGCCAGGUACCCAUGACUCUGCAACAAACAAGAUCGGAAUCCCAUGUAUCACUCGUCCCUUCGCCCAGUGCCAAUCUCUCUCCAUCUACCAUCAACUCGUCAGGGGAGCCCGUGUCCUUGACAUCCGAGUCCGAGAGGAUCGCCGGGUCUGCCAUGGUAUCCUCAAAACUUACAACGUCGAGGUCGUCAUUAAUGACAUCAAGAAGUUCUUAGGAGAGACCCAAUCGGAGAUCGUAAUCCUUGAGGUUCGCACUGAGUUUGGGCACCAAGAUCCGCCGGAAUUCGACAAGUUCCUGGUCGAUCAACUCGGUGAGUUCUUGAUCCACCAGGACGAAGGUGUUUUUGAGAAGCCCGUGUCCGAGUUACUACCAAAACGUGUUAUCUGUGUAUGGAAGCCAAGGAAAUCGCCUCCACCCAAAGCAGGGGAUCCAUUAUGGAGCUCAGGGUACUUAAAGGACAAUUGGAUCGACACCGAUUUGCCGUCGACUAAGUUUGAUAGUAAUCUGAAGCAUUUGAGUGAGCAACCGGUGGUGACUAAGAGGAGAUUCUUCUAUAGAGUGGAGAACACAGUCACACCCCAGCCAGACAACCCUGUUGUGUGUGUCAAACCUGUGACCCGUAGGAUCCAUGGCUAUGCAAGGCUCUUCAUUGCUCAGUGCUGUUCUAGUGGUUGUGCAGAUCGAUUGCAGAUCUUCUCAACUGAUUUUAUUGAUGAGGAUUUCGUGGAUGCUUGUGUUGGCUUCACACAUGCUAGAGUUGAAGGAAAGGCUUGAGAAUAGUUUAAGAUCAUCAUGGGCUGGUCUUGGUUGCAGAGGUUCAUAUCUAUAUAUCCUUCUUUCUUCUUCUUUUAAUUUUUCCUUAUAUAUAUACUACCCAUCACCUGCUUAAUUGGGUUGUAAAAGAAAAUUAUAUCUGAGUGGGAUGCCUUAUGCUCCAUUGUUGAUUUGAAGUGUGGUUGCUUGUAGAUAAAUUUGGGAUUUUUUUUCCGAAGUUAAUUAUGAAUGUGGUUUUGUUCAAUUAAAA